AUGUAUGAAACUACCCAUUUUACGCGUUUGGCCUAUUAUUACCUUUUCUGCUUCUCUCUGAAGUCUGAACUUCAUCUCUCGUCUUCUCUACUCCAUUCCUCCAUUUUCAACUUCACUUUGAUCUCUUCUUCAAUGGCUUCCCUAAACCCUAAUACUUCUCGAACCCCAAUGUAUCCCCAAGUAGUCAUUGACCAAAAUACCCCUUUCCCCCCUUCCUCCUCCUCCCGUCAAAAUCUCUACCCGACCAUUGACAUGAACGACCUCGUUGAAAACCUCUUUCCAGAAAAUGACCAAUUUACCCCUAACGAGCAGCAUUAUUCACCGUCUGCCCCUCUUGAAACCCUCGAAGAAACCCUACUCACUAUCCCCGGUUCCAUUCUCCAUUUGAUCGACACACACUACUCCGUCGAACUCGCCUCCGGCGACUUAUCCGUUCACCGUCUCCGGCAAGACAACAGCGUCGUCGCUGUCCUCGUUCGUGUCGGAAACGAAAUCCAGUGGCCGUUGACUAAGGACCUUGCCGCCGUAAAACUCGACGAUUCACGCUACUUUUUCUCAUUUCAAGCUCCUAAAGAUGACGAAUCGGAUAAGGAAUCAUCGGCUAAUGACUUGGAGAAUGAAUCGUUGAAUUAUGGUUUAACGAUUGCUUCCAAAGGUCAGGAGAAAUUACUAAAGGAGCUGGAUGGCAUUUUGGAAAAUUAUAGCAACUUUGCGGUGCAGAAAGUGGAGGAGAAGGCCGCAGCGGUGUUGGGCGGACCGGUGCCGAAGGAGUUGUCUCCGGCGGAUUUGAAGUCGGAGAAGAAGAAGGAAGUGUUGGAAGAGCGAUGCGCGGCGUAUUGGACCACAUUGGCGCCUAAUGUGGAGGAGUAUAAUGCCUCGGCGGCAAAGUAUGUGGCUUCGGGGUCAGGACACUUGAUAAAGGGGAUUUUGUGGUGUGGAGAUGUGACUGCGGAUAGAUUGAAGUGGGGGAAUGAGGUAUUGAAGAAUAGGUUUAAGACAGGUUCGAAAACUGAGGUUAGUCCUGAGACAUUGAAGAGGAUCAAAAGGGUUAAGAGAGUAACAAAGAUGACUGAGAAAGUGGCGGUUGGAGUCCUUUCUGGAGCUGUGAAGGUUUCAGGAUUCGUUACCAGGUCAGUUGCAAAUACCAAAGCAGGAAAAAAGUUCUUUAGCCUCCUGCCUGGGGAAAUGGUUCUUGCUACUCUUGAUGGAUUUAGCAGAAUAUGUGAUGCUGUUGAAGUAGCUGGAAAGAAUGUGAUGUCUACAUCAAGCACUGUCACGACUGAAUUUGUUUCUCACAGGUAUGGAGAAGAAGCAGCUAAGGCAACCAGUGAAGGGCUUGAUGCUGCAGGGCAUGCUUUUGGAACUGCCUGGGCUGUGUUUAAGAUCAGAAAGGCACUGAACCCCAAGAGUGCCUUGAAGCCCACUACCUUAGCCAAAUCUGCUGCUAAAGCUGCAGCUGCGGCUGCUAAAGCUGAUAAGAAGGCUAAGAGUUCCAAGUAGUCACUGCUGAUUAUUGUUGUUGACUUCUCCAGUAGAGGUGCUGCCAAUUAGAACCCACUCUUACAUAUUUCAGCUUUAUUUAAGUUACUAAUCAUGAUAAGAAAUAUAGGUCUUUAUUAUAGAUAUACUGUUGUAGAUUAAAUUGUCCACCCAAGUUCUCCAGCUCUACCUUCUACCCUCUGGUUUUAAGUACUAUUUCUUAUAAUGGGUAAUCAGUGCUGGCAGGCAAUUUUUGCA